AUGGUUUGGAGUAAUCACAGCACAGCGACCCAUUUCAUUCUUCUGGGAUUCACUGACCAUUCAGAGCUGCAACCCAUUCUCUUUGGGGUCUUCUUCUUGAUCUAUGUGAUCAGUGUGGUGGGAAACCUGGGGAUGAUCCUGUUGAUUGGACUUGAUGCACAACUUCACACCCCAAUGUACUUUUUUCUGGGCAACUUGUCCUUUGUUGACUUCUGUUACUCCUCUGUCAUUACACCCAACAUGCUCAUCAACUUCUGGGUGGAGAUGCCAGUCAUUUCAUGGAGUGGUUGUGCCACUCAAUUUUUCUUCUUUGGUUCUUUUGCUGGUAUUGAGGGCUUUCUGCUAGCCGUGAUGGCAUAUGAUCGCUACGUGGCAAUCUGCAUCCCACUACUGUAUACCACCACCAUGUCACAGAGGUUCAACAUUAUACUGGUGUCAGGCACCUAUCUGGCAGGUUUUGCCAAUGCAGCAAUACACACAGCUUUAACCUUUAAGCUCUCCUUCUGCCACUCUAAUGUCAUCAACCAUUUCUUCUGUGAUACUCCACCCCUCUUGAAACUCUCCUGCUCAGAUACCCAUGUGAAUGAGCUAAUCAUUUUUGCUUUUGCCAGUUUUAAUGAGUUGAGCUGCCUCUUGACUAUCCUCAUUUCUUAUCUAUAUGUCAUUGUUGCCAUUGUGAGGAUACGUUCAGCUGAGGGAAGAUACAAAGCCUUCUCCACUUGUGCCUCCCACCUGAUGGCUGUCACCAUUUUCUUUGGGACAAUUAUCUUCAUGUAUCUGCGUCCCAGCUCUAGCUAUUCAAUGGACCAAGAUAAAGUGGUGUCUGUGUUCUACACAGUGGUGAUCCCCAUGCUGAACCCUCUGAUCUAUAGUCUGAGAAACAAAGAGGUGAAAGCUUCCUUUAGGAAAGUCAUCAGAAAAAAAAAAUCUCUGAAA